AAAAGGACACUUCUCCUUUGCCAAAGAUGGGUGGAGGACGACCAUAUCCUUCUCCUUUACCUGACAAAGAUAAUUACACAGUCACAUUUGAUGGGCCCGAUGAUCCUGAUCAUCCUCACAAUUGGCCUUUAUCGAAAAAAAUGAUUAUAUGCUCUGUUUUAGGAUUCGAUGCUAUUUGUGUUGCAAUGGGUUCGGCUAUUUUUGCAUCAGGAACUUAUCAGUUGAUGGCUGAAUUCAAUGUUGCUAGCGUUGUUAUUACUCUCGGUACCUCUUUAUAUGUCUUAGGUUUUGCUACUGGUCCAGUUGUAUGGGCCCCGAUUUCUGAAUUAUAUGGAAGAAAAAUUCCUCUUAUACUUUCUGGAAUUGCUUUUGUUUCAUUUAUAUUUGGCUGUGCUACUGCUGAGAAUUUGCAAACCGCCUUAAUUUGUAGGUUUUUUGCUGGGUGCAUUGGAUCAGCUCCAUUAGUAGUGGUGGCUGCUGCGUUUUCUGAUAUGUUCAACAAUGAAACAAGAGGAACAGCAAUUGUCUUUUUUUCAAUGGCUGUUUGUAUUGGUCCUUCCUUUGCUCCAAUUUUCGGUGCUUACAUUGCUGAAAGUUAUUUAGGCUGGAGGUGGACCCAAUAUAUCAUUGGUAUCCUUGCUGCUUUUAAUUUGGUUACUCUAAUAUUCUUUAUGAAAGAAACUCAUCAUCCAAUUAUUUUGAUUGAAAAAGCCGAAAAAUUGAGAAGAAGAACUGGUAAUUGGGGUAUCAGAGCAGCUCAUGAAGAUUUAAGAUUAUCAUUCAAAGAAAUUUGCGAGAAAAAUAUUACCAGACCAUUAGUCUUGUUAUUUACUGAGCCAAUUAUCCUAUUACUUUCGAUUUAUACCGCUUUUAUCUAUGGUGUUAUUUACAUGUUCUUGACUGCAUAUCCCUAUGUGUUCACGUUUAAAUAUGAAAUGAAAGGCGGAAAUGCCUAUUUACCAAUGAUUGGUUUAUGCUUAGGCCAGAUUCUGGGUUCAUUUUUUUGUUUGUUUGCAGAAAAGAAUUAUCUUCAAAUUUUAAAAGCUAAUGACGGUAAGCCUGUCCCUGAAGCUAGAUUAAAACCUAUGAUGUUUGGUGGUAUUACCUUUCCCAUUGGAAUUUUAUGGUUUUGUUGGACUGGUAAUUAUCCAGAUAGUAUUCACUGGAUUGUUCCAACAAUAUCAGGUGUCCUCACUGGUUUUGCUACUGUUACAAUUUUCAUGCCUGCAAUUAAUUAUAUCAUUGAUUCCUAUUUAAUAUUUGCAGCAUCAGCUUUAGCAGCUAACACCUUUCUAAGAUCUGGUUUUGGUUGUGCUUUCCCAUUGUUUUCGGGCUAUAUGUUUUCUGAUCUAGGUGUGAAUUGGUCUGGAUUACUAUUAGGUCUCUUCGGAUUACUUUUAGCACCUGUGCCAUUUUUAUUUUACAAAUACGGUAAGAAAAUUAGAACCAAAUCCAAGUAUGCUUUUGAUUUAAAUUAGAAAAGCAAAAAAUUAUUAUUUAAUUGCAGAUAAUAAUAAUGAAAAAAAAAUAACCCAUGCAUUCAUAAAAAAACAAAAAUAAAAUAUUUAUAAUUUUGCAAUAUUUUAUUAACCAUUGUUUUUAUUUUAAUCUUUAAUUCUUUUGAUAUAUUAUGAUUAAUCAUUUUGUCCUAUAAAUUUUUUUUUUAAAACGAUUUUUUAUUUGGAUUUUU